CCCUGGAGCUAUAUCAUGGGCUGCCCUGGAAGGAGGCGAAGAGAAGCCCCUGGGGACCACCAGACUCUGGGUUACUACAGGCACCAUCUCAGGAUGCCACCUCUCUGUGGUAAACAUGCCUGGUGCAGUAACCACCACCCAGUGCCAGGGGGCGCUACAGGACUGGGCUAUGGAGUGUCUGUCCCUGUCUGAGUGUUCCAAGGGGAUCCACUCUUUUCUCCUGGUGGCGCCGUUGGGUCGUCUCACAGAGCAGGAGAGAAGAGGUGCUGAAUGCAUCCGAAGGAUGUUCGGAGAGAAGGCCCAUGGCUUCACUCAGGUCCUCUUCACCUACGAGCUGGAGCAGAAGGAUAGUCUUGAGGAUCUACUGAAGGAGAGAGAGGCCCAGAGGCUGGUUGAGGAGUGCGGGGGACGUUUUCACGUCUGCCCAAAGAGCAUUGGUGAAGAGCUGGAAGUCACAGGGUUACUGGGAAAGGGGCGGGGCAUGUAUCCUCUAAAACUAUAUCUUCUAAUUGGCUAGAAAUCUCCCUGUCUGUCACUUAAUGAAAAGACAACAUUUUGGAAGAUUCGACCCCUUAUGACUUCCGCAAAAACACUAUUAUGAUAUAAGGGGAUUUUGCCCUGGACUGGGGGGCCGCGGUUUUGGAUCAGAGAACAGACCGCUGCUACACCGUGGAGAUGCACCAAGAAGCUCAACCGCUAUUGGUGGAGUUUAGGGAGCAGCUUAAGGGCCUAUUGGAUGGCUUUAUCAGACUUGAGGAAAGGAUCAAUGAAAGGGAGAGAAUGCAAGUUAAUGUGGAGCAUUUGGAACACAGGAUCUUCAGAGAGAAGCUAGCGAGGCUUCAAGAUGAGCUCUUGUUGAAGCAGAUGGAAAAAGAAAGAGACAGUGGUAUGGAGGUCGAGGCACUGAGCUUUAUAUAUGAGUUGGACAGGUUAGUUGACAAGCUUGCCCUAAAAAGAGUGAGAGCAGUCGAGGAGGACCAUAAGAGCAGAGAGGACGUGCAGAGAUUUAGGGAGGAGUUGGGGAGGAUGGUGGAUGAAAUGGUUACCAAUCAGAAACACAAGCAUAGACACAUGUGUCGGGAGAAGGGAGAAGAAGAGUGGGAGCUUCAGAACUUCAGGGAACAGCUAGAAAGACUGAAAAACAACACGAAAAAGACAGAAAAGAGAAGGAACAGGAAAGAGAAGGGAGGAGUUUGUGAAGGGGACAGGAAAGAGAAGGGAGGGAAGGAGUUUGUGAAGGGGACAGGAAAGGGGGAUGAGGGAGAGAGAGAUUCCAGAGGGAAGCACGGAGGGACGGUUUG